GGUAGUGGUAAGAGUUCGGCCAAAGGCAGCCCGCCAAGCCCAACGACGGCGCAAGAGUAUAGAACGACGUUGUUUGAUGGACUAACAAUGUCGUUGGUUAAACCGGGUCGAGGCAGUUGAGUUGGAUUAUAAAACGGCAUCGUUGGUGAAAGGUGAUGUCGUGGUAUUGGUGAAACGUCAUCGUUACAUGGACAAGGUUGUAAGUCGUUUCGCCAAGUUUCUGCAAAGCAAGAGCGGUUUUGAGGGCACGUGAUUAUCACGCAACAAGGAGGAAGUUACCUGCACGGUUGACAGGAAUGAAGACGUGGGAGACAAAGGCGCCAAGGCAGUUACUACGACGGGGAGAAGCGCAAAGUAUAAAGAUUGGGAAGAGAGAGAAGCUCGAGACGGCAAAAUCAAAUCACAAACUGCACCGUCGCAGAAUUAUCACUUUUUCUCCGUAGUUUUGUAGAACCGCUCUGUCAAAGACCUCCUUUGCAGAGUUGUAGAUCUUAGCUUGUAGUCGUAGUUGCGGAGCUCUCCAGAGGAACCUCCAUAGGAGUAGAGGUAACGUAACUUAGAACACUCCUGGUUCGAUUUUCUGGUUAUUCGCCGAACACCCUCGUUCGAACGUAGUUUGGAUAGGUGGUGAACCGAAUAACGGUUGUUUGAUUAGAAGUCAAAGGUGUAUCGAUCAAAUCAAAAUCGCCGACAUCGGUGGUGGAUAUUUGACGGUCGUCUUGAUUUCUGUAUAAUCGAUCAAAUCAACGGCGGCGGAUAUUUGACGAUUUUGCUAACUUUGUGUUUGUGCUAACUUGAAAACAGUGCGCAUUGAACACGCGAGUUUCGCCAACGAAACAAAUUGGCACACCUGGUGGGACUCAAACCCACAAUCGUUUGAUUAGAAGUCAAAGGUGUAUCGAUCAAAUCAACAUCGCCGACAUCGGUGGUGGAUAUUUGACGGUCGUCUUGAUUUCUGUAUAAUCGAUCAAAUCAACGACGCCGACAUUCGGCGGCGGAUAUUUGACGAUUUUGCUGACUUUGUGUUUGUGCUUACUUGAAAACAGUGCGCAUUGAACACGCGAGUUUCGCCAACGAAAUAUAUAUACACAUUCUCAAUUUUUGUUCUCAAUUUAGCGUUGCUAUCAUGUAAACUCAUAUUAUCUGCCGGCGAAUGAAAGCCACGAUAUAUGAGUUUAUAAAUAUUUGUUUUAUUGUAUUGGAUCUGGUCUGUAAUAGGGUUUGGUCGUACGUCAUAGAUAUAUAUACUCAUUCUCAAUUUUUGUAAUCUGUUCUUCUCAAGUAUAGUGAAUCUGGUCUAUCCUGCCAGUGAAUUAGCUAUAACACACAUCAUGUUAGUGAGCCACGUAAAUAUGUAUAAUUUUUAUUUUCUUGCAUUUCGAUCUCCCAAUCCAUUACAACAUUUAGGGGUAAGAUAUUUUAUAUUGAAAUCGUGAUUCAACCAUUACUUACCGUUAAAAACCUUCUACCAUCAGUUUAAAUUCUGGCAUAAGAUUUUCUCGGUUGAACCGUCUGCCGAUUGAAACUCUUGACUUUUAUAUAUAGGAGCAGAACCUGCAUCAAGUGAUGCCAUAAUUCAAAUUGGUAUCAAAAAGAGGGAGAAAGAAAGGUUCGAUAAUGGAUGUGCAGCAUAUGAUCAUCCCCUUCUUCAACACCAUCCUGGUCAUCGUCUUCCUAACCACCAUAUUCCUCACUGCACUUAAAAGUCUGAAAAGGUCAAAGAAGCCGCCGGCGUCGUCGUCUGGCCCACUACCUCCGGGGCCAUGGAAGCUGCCCAUAAUCGGAAAUCUGCACCAGAUGGUUGGGCCGCAGCAACCGCACCGCCGACUGAUGGACCUGGCAAAGAAGCACGGCCCAAUCAUGCACCUCCAGCUCGGGGAAACCUCCAACGUCAUCGUCUCUUCCCCUGAGCUCGCCAGCGAGUUCCGCAAAACCCACGACCUCAACUUCGCCUCCAGGCCCAUGUUCCCCAUCGCCAGGAUCCUGUCGUACGGCGGCCGGAACGUUUCGUUCGCGCCCUACGGCGAGUACUGGCGGCACGUGAGGAAGGUUUGCACUCUGGGUCUGCUGAAUGCCAAACGGGUUGCUUUUUUCCGGCCAGUUAUGCAGGACGAGAUGGCCAAGUUGGUCACCUCCAUACAGCUGCAACAACAGGUAGGUGACAUUCAGUAAAUACUCCGUUUUAAUAUGCGUGAAUGUAAGGAUGGAUGUAGUUACGUAUCUUGUACAGGUUAGGUUAGAUUCUCUAUUUCCGUACUAUUAUCAAAUCGUUUUAUUUUUCUCCGCCCAUUUGAUGGCUGACUCUCAUAUUAAACGUGGGUGGCCAAUAAGAUGUGUUGGGACUUGGGACCAGUGGCGGAUCCAGGAAUUCUUUAUAAGGAUAUCCUCUUGCAAAAAUUAAAUUUAAGUAAAAUUUAAAUUUAAUAAUUCAUAAAUCAGAAAAUAUCCUACUAGUGAAAAUAUAUCAUAUUAGACAAUAAUUCACGAACUGAUCGCAUAUUCGAUUUCUAACUUUGUUCUUGAUGUAACUCAAACUUGAAAGACUCUUUCAAUUCUUGCAGUAUACCUAUAAAAUCAAUUCAAAUUAAGGAUAGCUCGAAUGAGUUUAAUUCUUAGGUUUUUAAAAUAUUUGGGAAUAAAGAAUAGUGUUUUAC